UCUUAUUUUUGAUUUGUUUAAGGUUGUGUAGGUUUCUACACUUUGUAUUUUGUUUAAAUUAUUAAUUUUGUUCAACUAUGUUUUCGCAGCUGACUUUGAUUGCCUUUUUGGGUCUAUUAUGCGCAAGUGCAAAUGCUGGCGGUUCCCUUAGCGAUGUGAAGUCAGAUUGGGGGUACGUGGAUGUACGUACUGACGCACAUAUGUUCUGGUGGUUGUUCUUUCAUGAUGUGUCAUACCAACCAGCAUUCUUGCCACCACUUGACGAAGUACCUGUGAUUUUGUGGCUACAGGGUGGACCUGGAGCAUCUGGAACUGGCUAUGGAAACUUUGAAGAACUCGGACCACUUGAUUUAAAUUUGAACAGACGAGAAACAUCAUGGACUGGUCUUGGUCAUGUCUUGUUUGUUGACAACCCAGUUGGAUCAGGAUUCAGUUACGUCAGCAACUCCAAUGCCUACACAACCGACAUUGAUCAGAUAGCAGCUGAUAUGGUUACUUUGUUGAAAGGAUUCUAUACCGCACAUCCUGAGCUAAUGGCAAAUCCUUUCUACAUCAUGUGUGAGUCCUAUGGAGGCAAAAUGGCUGCAGCUACAUCACUAGCCAUCAGCCAGGAAAUGGAAGCAGGCACCUUCAAUAUCAACCUGCAAGGAACUGGUCUCGGUGAUAGUUGGAUUUCACCCAUGGACGCUGUCAAUACAUGGGGACCAUACUUGUAUGAAACUGGGCUGCUAGAUGACGCAGGUCUGACGGCUGUGAACAAUGCUGCAGCUGCAACUCAAUCUGCAGUUGAUGCAGGCAACUGGGUUCGGGCGACUAACCUUUGGAGUCUUACUGAGUCUGUGAUUAUGCAACGCACCGACAACGUUGAUUUCUACAACAUUCUCUCUCCCCAUCACGCAACAACUUCCAGAAGUCAACAGAGGAAUGUCAGCACGCUGGUAGACCCAGAACUAGCUGCCGGUUACUCCAUCCAUGUUAAUGCGUACCAACCCGACCCACUUGAUGUUUUGAUGAACGGAGAAGUGAAGACUUAUCUCGGCAUCCCAGCAUCAGUAACAUGGGGUGGACAAUCCAAUGAUGUCUUUUCAGCUCAAAGUGGAGACUUCAUGAAACCAGUCAUUGACACUGUUGAUCAACUGGUUGAUACUGGAAUGAAAGUUGUUGUCUACAACGGUCAACUGGAUCUUAUCGUUGAUACACCAGGCCAAGAAUUGUGGGUGAAGAGAAUGGCUUGGAACAGAUUAAGUGAGUUUAUGAGCCAAUCGUGGAAACCAAUGUAUGCUUAUCAUGGCCAAGACACUGGUGGUUAUUCCAAGAAAUUGGAUAACUUUGAGUUCUGGUGGGUGCUGAAAGCUGGCCACAUGGUACCUGCUGAUCAAGGAGAGUUCAUGCUGUAUCUGCUGCACGACAUGAUCACUGCAUAGGAACUGGUUCAAUUAUCAUGAGUUAUUUAAUUGUUUUUCAUAUGAUUUUGGGGAAUUUUAUCCCCAUGUGCCAAACAGAAAUUUUAAUUACUAUGUAUUAUCUAAGAAAUUAUAGUUAAAAUUAUUACACUUAAAUUUUAAAAUCACAGUUUUAUGUUGACGGAUUGUUGCAAUAAAUCACUUUCAAAAUGCAU